CUCAGGACAUUGCCAUUCAUUCCAUGCCUUCUAUUGUGAGAGUUUCUAUCGGACAACUGUGGUUCAUAUCAGCAUGAGGAUCGUUCGGAAAGAUGUCGUGGCCGACGGACCCGGCAGCGUUAAGAUGGUACCGAUUGAUUCGGAUGAUCUAUGGUUUGCGUAUAACCUGAUCGCUCCCGGCGACUCUGUCAUGGCUGUUACUGUGAGGAAGGUUCUUAGAGAAAUGGCUUCUGGUGGACGAGAAGCAGAACGUAUGAAGCUGAAAUUGGAAAUUAAAGUUGAGGAGUUGGCAGAUUAUGACAAAGAAGGGUCAAUCUUGCGUGUACGUGGAAAGAACAUUAUGGAGAACGAACAUGUUAAGAUAGGGGCAUUCCAUACUUUAGAACUUGAGCUGCAACGGCCCUUUGUGCUCAGGAAGGAUGUUUGGGAUUCUUUGGCUCUGGAUAUGCUGCAACAGGCCUCUGAUCCUGGUGCAAGUGCUGAUCUAGCUGUGGUUUUGAUGCAAGAAGGACUAGCGCAUAUCCUCCUUGUUGGUAGAAGUAUGACUGUUAGUCGAUCACGGAUUGAAACUCCAAUUCCUCGUAAGCAUGGACCUGCUAUUGCUGGUUAUGAGUCAGCUUUGAAUAAGUUCUUUGAUAAAGUUUUGCAUGCUUUCUUGAAACAUGUUGAUUUCAGUGUGGUUCGCUGUGCUGUAAUUGCAAGUCCUGGAUUCACAAAGGAUCAGUUUCAUCGUCACUUGUUAUUAGAAGCAGAAAGAAAACAGUUGCGACCUAUUAUUGAGAACAAGUCACGUAUCAUUCUUGUGCAUGCAAGCUCUGGAUACAAGCAUAGCCUGAGAGAGGUUUUGGAUGCUCCAAAUGUCAUGAGUAUGAUAAAAGAUACAAAAGCAGCUCUAGAGGUUCGAAUUUUGAAGGAUUUCUACAACAUGCUUUCAAAUGAUCCAUCCCGUGCUUGUUAUGGAUUAAAGCAUGUUGAGGUUGCCAUUGAACGUCUAGCUGUGCAAACACUUCUCAUUACAGAUGAUCUUUUCAGGAAUUCAGAUAUAAUGAGGAGGCAACAGUAUGUUAAGCUGGUCAACUCAGUUAAGGAUUCAGGAGGAUCUGUCCAUGUAUUCUCGUCCAUGCAUGUCUCUGGAGAGCAGCUAGCACAAAUAAGCGGCGUUGCAGCGAUUCUUCGUUUUCCUCUCCCGGAUCUUGAAGAUAUUGAGAUGUGAUAGGCUCGUAUUUGCUUUUACUGAUUUAUAUGCUAUUCUUAAAUUUAACUGAUGCUGCAACAGUCUUUCUGGUUAGCUUGCUAGCUUCCGUGCCUGACUUGGACUAGUGACUUUUAUUACCAUGCCAGGCAAUGGAAGUUGACAGUUACAAGUUGCAACCACCCUACCACCAAUCAUGUACUCCCUUUUCUUCUUUUUUUGUUGGUAAGGAUGUACUCCCUUUUCUGUAGUA